CAUAGCGUAGUCUUUCCAAACGCAGUGUUAACUUGCCGAAAGUAGCGCAGCCCCUAGCUACAAAAGAAACUGAUAAUAUAAAGGAGCGAUAAACCACCACCGCUUCCACUCCAUCGCCACCGCUACCGCUACCAUAUCCACUCGCUGAUCACAAUCCCUAAUUCCGAUGGCGUCGUCUCUGUACCUGCCGUCGUCUUUGCAAAAGUCAUCUUCACUCACGACGCCGUCGUUCAUAUCCUCUUCUCAUUGUUCAUCUCUUUUUUCUUCCAGAGUAUCCAUGGUUUCAACUGAUUCUCGCACGAAAAUUUUCCCCCAAAGCAGCCUUAGAUGUGAUAUGGCUGAACCGAUAAGUGUUGAGAAUGUUGGGAAUGGAAAGCCUAAUAUUCAAAUUCUUAAUGAACGGAUUUUUCCCAAGUUUUUGGAAUCUGCCCGGAAUGAGAAAUCUGUUAACAAGAAUGGCAGUAGGCUGAAAUUGUUUUCUGGCUCAGCAAAUCCUGCUCUUUCUCAGGAAAUUGCCUGGUACAUGGGCUUGGAACUGGGAAAGAUCAACAUAAAACGAUUUGCUGAUGGUGAAAUUUAUGUUCAAUUGCAAGAAAGUGUUAGAGGAUGUGAUGUAUAUUUACUGCAGCCCACCUGCCCCCCAGCAAAUGAGAAUCUCAUGGAGCUUUUGAUCAUGAUAGAUGCUUGUCGGAGAGCAUCAGCCAAGAACAUCACUGCUGUGAUUCCCUAUUUUGGAUAUGCAAGAGCUGAUAGAAAGACUCAAGGUCGUGAAUCCAUUGCAGCCAAACUUGUAGCAAACCUUAUUACAGAAGCAGGUGCAAAUCGCGUCCUUGCUUGUGAUAUUCAUUCUGGGCAGUCCAUGGGUUAUUUUGAUAUCCCUGUUGACCAUCUGUACUGUCAGCCUGUGAUUCUUGAUUAUCUUGCAAGCAAGACAAUUUGUUCUAAUGAUUUGGUAGUGGUUUCACCUGAUGUUGGUGGAGUUGCAAGAGCUCGUGCUUUUGCAAAAAAGUUAUCUGAUGCCCCUUUAGCUAUUGUAGACAAAAGGCGUCAAGGACACAAUGUUGCUGAGGUGAUGAACCUUAUUGGUGAUGUAAAAGGAAAGGUUGCAGUUAUGGUGGAUGACAUGAUUGACACAGCUGGGACAAUUGCAAAAGGAGCAGCCCUUUUACACCAAGAAGGGGCCAGGGAAGUCUACGCAUGCUGCACUCAUGCUGUUUUUAGCCCUCCUGCCAUUGAGAGGUUGUCAGGUGGCCUGUUUCAAGAAGUAAUCAUUACAAACACAAUCCCAGUGGCCGAGAAGAACUAUUUCCCUCAGUUGACUGUUCUUUCAGUAGCUAAUCUAUUGGGCGAAACAAUUUGGCGUGUUCAUGACGAUUGCUCUGUGAGUAGCAUUUUCCAGUGAAUUAACUUGGGAAUAUCGAAUGGCGUUACAACUCAACUCAACUCGACUAAGCCUCAGUCUCAAACUAAUCAAAGUUGGUUUCCUCCAUUCAACUCUGAUUAUGAUCAAUUAUCCUACCCAGCCAUUAGUAGCCAAUGAUGGUAGUUCCUUUUAAUUUAUUCAUAGGUAUCGCUGCGAACACAGCUAAGACUUAGAUUGUAGGUUCAAAACCAUAGUAGGACAGGAAAAUCAAUGCAUUGGUUUUAGGGUUGCUUCAACCUCGUUCCCCUCCAUCUGUUUCUAAUGUAUUCCCUUCUAAAGUUCUUUUUAUCAAUUGAUAAUUAUUCACCAUAGUAUUUUUAUUUUCUGCAAGUAGGAUAGGCCAGAUGAUUGUUCAUCUGCUUUUACAUUGUAAAUGAACUGGUCCUCAGAAAUAAGUCGCAAAUGAUAAUGUGCAGUGCACAUUUGAGUUUUGUUUAAACAAUUUCUACUAACAAUCUUGACUUGGACAUGUUUCAACAUUAACAUUCAUCAUAUUGAUGUAGUAAAAUCAAACGUGUUCUUUAAUAAAGUGCUCUGUUUCUGUUUUGUUGAA